UUCUCCACAAGGACAAACCAAAAAGGAGUAAUAAAUAAAAAUAACAUAGUAACCAUUUCUUGGUAACCAUAUAUUUGUUAACAUUUUCCUCAGUAACUAUUUUACCUGGAACUGGACUGGUACUGGUACUAUAAAAACUAAUCAUUUUCUUAGUGAGUGUAUUAAAGUGCAUGCAAACGACAAGGGUAUAAUUUCAGGCCAGUUUAUCCCAACUUCAAAUCAGAAAAUAGUAUUUAUUUUUAACAUUAUUUUUUUGACAAGUGCAACGAACUAUUGAAUAUAACAUUUCAGUAACGAAUGCAAGUCUCUGCAAUGUCUAAAAAUUGUCACAAAUUGGAAAUAUGGACAUCAAUUCUAAUUGUCUGUCUCGUAUCCUCGGUAAAAAGCAGCAAACCUAAUCAAGAUCCAGAGAAUGGCUGCAAACUUCACAGCUACGAUAAAAUAACUUGCACUGGAAACUUCAACUUUUCAAUCUUUUCGGAAGCAGAAUUUAAAAUCAAGGUCUUGGACAGGUACAAGUUGGAAAUUUUUAACACUUCGCUGAAAACAGUUGAUGAAAGUACGUUCCGAGGAAAUGGAAACAUUUUAAAUUAUUAUACAAUUUUAGUACAAAAUGCUACCCAAUUAAAUUCCAUCCAUCCCAACUCGUUCGCCAGCUCGAAGCAUAUUUUAUCAGAAUUCCGUGCAAUUGACACCGCCCUUCCCAGAAAUUUUGGUGAUGAUGAGUUUGUCUUGUUCACAAAUUUGCAACAAGUUUACGUCGGGGACGAGACUCGUUGCCCAGAAGAUGACACGAUAUUGCUUCCUUGCACGUGCAGAUUUGGGGAUUUAGGACGAACAGUGCUCUCCGGACUGUAUGGAACAACUUCGUCAUUAAGCGAUGGUGUAGGAAAAACAACGGCAAUUCGAUGUGAUUCCGACCUCAUCACAGGGACAGAAUUGUCAGAAAUAUUUUCAAAAAUUUCAAAGUCAAACCACACCCCCAAAUAUUUUGACUCCAUCACCAUCCGAAAUUCAAACAUCACUUCACUUCCGUCCCACCUUUUUCAGAACGUGACAUUUGGUCGUGUCAAGUUGUACGAGGUCCAAAACUUAAAACAACUUCACCCUUCAGUGUUUCAUGGGCAGGAAGGGAUUCAAGCUUUGGAAAUUGAAAAGGCAAACUUUACCGGAGCUAGUGAAUCCACAACACUUGAUAUUUUCAAGGCGCUCAAAUCUCUCAAAAAUGUACGGAAAAUGCGCUUAUCCAACUGCGGCAUUCCGUUUAUUCCUGCCAACACGGACAAUUCGACAAGCUGUACGAAAUUAAGGAUUUUGAGCAUUUCCUUUGAUCGGAGAGAACACAAGAGUGGGGUUUCACACGUAGGAAGCUAUGCAUUCUCAUGGGCACCGAAUCUCAUGCAGUUGGGCCUUACUAAAAAUUACAUCAGCUCCUUCAAAUCGUUCUCUUUUGGUUUCCACGUUCCAUCAGAAAAUGGGCUUGCAGUUGACAUUAGUGGAAACCCCUUUAAUGACUCGGAUGGACUUGAACCAAACGCAUUUUCUGGGUCGAAGAGACAAAUUUCUAUUAAAUUUGAAAUCGAUUCCUUCGCCGCGUCCGACCCUGCGAACGAUCCAGUCUUAAAUUAUCUCCCUGAAAACGUAUUUCGUCCCUUUUUGGAGGAAAAUGUGAACAACACUUACAGCGUUGAUUAUUAUAAUGUCGACAUUUAUUGUGACUGUCGUAGUGCGUGGAUGUUUGAGAUGACUUCGGGCCUACUGAAAAGUAGGGUCAAGGCCGGAUUGCGCAUUACGAGAGUUCAAGGAAAUUUGGUUGAUGGUGAAUAUUCUUCCAUCCAAUGCAAGUCACAAAGUUCGUUCGAGUGUUUCCCAAAUUGUGUGAUAUAUCCGGAUUACCAGCUCUUGCAUUGUGGUAGAUUUCAAGAUGGAUUUAAAAUUGAGGAAUUUAUACACGGACAGGAAUCCUAUAACAUUUCUAAAUUGUUGAUUUCUGCCAAAAAUGUUACUACUUUGGGAUACGAUUCGAUUGGGAAUGUGUCUUUCAAUGAGAUCAGUUUAACAGAUUGUCCUCAACUGGAAUUUAUUCAUCCCACUACCUUCGUCUCAUCCGAUGCAUCACUGAAGAGCUUUACAGCAACCAACACCAAUUUACAAAAUUUCCCAAACUUUGCUAAUUUCCAUUACCUUUCUUUUGUUCGCUUAGCUACAGGUUUCUCUGUUAAUUCCUCCAAUUUUGAUUAUAGUACUAGUGAAAAAGGUCACAAGGUUGGACAAGAUUUGACGAUUUCUCUUGGCACAGGAAAAAUUCAUCCUGACUCGUUCACAAAACUAAAUCCCAAGCAAAAUGUUACCCUGAUCAUCACAGACCAGACAGAGGAGUACAGUACAAUUGGUGAGAUUGUCAGAUGCACCCCAUCCAAUUUAGAACUUGAAUCGGCAAUUUUUAAACCAUUUUUGAAUAUGAAUCCUGGAAACCGUAUUACGUCGAAAUGUUACAUUGAAUGUUCUUGCAAAGUCAAAUGGAUGUCCGAUGAGUGGGAUGUGAUUAAAGAACAAGUCCAAAUCUGGCUAUCGGAAUAUGUUGGACCUAUGUUUUACUGUGUCCGACCCGGUGCAAAUAUCACUGCAAAUCCUGACACGUUUUUUGGGUUUAAUUCAAAAGAGUUUGUGCAGGAAAAAUAUUUUAAGGAAAAUUGUUAAAUAUUGUUGAAAUUGGAUUUUAAAUUUUUGUAUUUAUUCCCAAAUUUCAAUGCAUCGUAUCAUGGUUCAGACUGCCCAUUAAAACGUUCUCAUGAGAGCAAAAAUUACUUUUUGACCAUUUUAACUGGAGCACCAGUUUUGAUAAGUAUCUAAAACCUUGAAAAAUGCAAUUUCAUAUGGACUUUGCAUGUAAAAAAUUGAAAUAAAAAAAGUGAUUGGCUAACAAAUGAGGGACUCUUUCUUUCAUGAACAUUUUAAACUGUGUGGCGUAUUGAAACUACAUAUGUAUGUAUGAAUUAGUGCACCAAGGUGUUUUUUCACCGCAUGUUUUUUUUGAAAAAUUUCCAAUUGAAAAAAAUUCUAAAUUUUAAAUUGUAGAUAUAUCUAUGUACUUUUGUGUACCUACAUACAUAGAAUAAAUACCUUAAAACUGAA